GACUGUUAAGUUAGUAGCAGGGGAGAAGGAGAGGCGUUGGCAGGGUGUGGGGCUGGCCAAGGUUGGGGGUUGGACGUUGGGCCAACAACCCACUCUGGAAAAAACAAAUGUUACGAAACGUUUAAAUGGAGCCUCGGAAACUGGACUGGAACUGAAGGCAAAGACCAAGCUACGUACAAAGGAUUUGAGACUGGGUACAUGGAACAUCAGAACACUAGCGGUGCCUGAGGAGGCUGAAGAUGAGGAGAAAGAUGUAUUCUAUGGCAGGCUAGAGGAAGAGAUAAAUAAGCUGCCUCAAUAUGAUGUGAAGUUGGUGAUGGGUGAUGCUAAUGCAAAAGUGGGCAAAGAAAACUAUUGGACAGAAGUAGCUGGAAAGGAGAGUUUACAUGAUUCAACAAAUGAAAACGGGUUGAGACUGCUCACUUUAGCUAGUUCAACAAAUAUGAAAUUAUGUAGCACAAUGUUCCCAAGGAAAAGAAUUCACAAAGCUACAUGGGUUUCUCCAGAUGGGAAAACAAGCAACCAAAUUGAUCAUGUAUUAGUAGACAAUAGACAUUAUAGCAGCAUUACAAAUGUGCGCACAGUCAGAGGCGCAGAAUUUGGUACAGACCACUAUUUAGUCUUAAUUAGCUUAAGACAAAGAAUAAAUGUGAAUAAAAAGAGAACACCUAGGAAAGAACAAUUAGCGUCUGACAAAAUAACAAUACCAGAAGUGCAGAGGGAAUUUAAAAUUAAAUUGAGUAAUAGAUUCCAAAUAUUGGAAGAUGAAAACAUAGAGACACAAAUGACUGAGUCAGACAAGAUUGGAAAACAAUGGAAAAAUUUACAAACUAUAGUCACUGAAACAGUAAAGGAAGUGUGUGGCACAAAGGAAAAUAUGAAGAAGAAUCCUUGGCUUACAGAGGAAUGCAGGACAGCCGUAAACAAGAGAAGAGAAAUAAAGCACAGGUGGUUAGCAAGCAGGAACAAUGUGGAUGAAGAAGGCAGAAGAAUUACAGAACGACUUAGGACAGAAUACUGUGAAGCUAACAGAAAUACCAGAGUGGUACUUAGACGAGCGAAAAGAGACUUCCUAAACGGAAAACUUACCAAGGCUGAGAAUGACAGAACAGCAAAUAACGCAAGAGAGAUUUUUACAGAACAAUCCGUUUUUUCAAACAAGGCGUCUCAGCAAAAAGCUAUGGCAUAA